AUGGGCUCCGUCGAGCUCGUCUCCCUUCUCAGAAAUCCGACCGCAAAUAACAUCCAAGGCCGACGGACAACCGCAACCCUCCACCUCCCCCUUUCAACACCCUCGAGACGAAAGGACGACGCGAUCGCAAAAAUGUCGGCGAAGGCGGAAUCCACCACCAAGAAGUUCGGCUCGGGCACCCGGGAGGUCCUUGCCAAUUCCGAGAAGGCGCAGAAGUGGUACCCUGCCGACGAUGAGUCCCAGCCCAAGAAGGCGAUUAUUGCUGGCUUCAAUCCGAGUCCCACUGGAUAUAUUAUCCUAGAAGUCCCGAUCAACACGGGGGAACGGAGAGAUGCAUACUGGCCGGGAAUCUCCAUCAUCAUGCGGUCGCAGCAACAGAUUCCGCUAACUGGGUUCUUCCAACAGGUCCGCAAGGCCAUCCGCCCUUGGGCCCCCCGUCAGAGCCUCCAGCCCGGUACCGUCCUCAUCCUGCUCGCCGGUCGCUUCCGCGGCAAGCGUGUCGUUCUCCUGAAGACCCUCGAGCAGGGUGUCCUCCUCGUUACCGGCCCCUUCAAGAUUAACGGCGUUCCCCUGCGCCGGAUUAACUCCCGUUACGUCAUUGCCACCUCCCUCAAGGUUGACAUCUCCGGCGUUGAUGAGAAGAAGAUCGAGGAGGUGUCCCAACCCAAGUACUUCACCGCCGAGAAGACCAAGGAGAAGGCCGGCGAGGAGGCUUUCUUCAAGCAGGGAGAGGCCCCCAAGAAGAAGGAGGUCAGCAGCAGCCGCGCCGCCGACCAGAAGGCCAUCGACAAGGCCCUCCUUGCCAACAUCAAGAAGGUCGAUAUGCUCGCCGCCUAUCUGGCAACUUCCUUCAGCCUCCGCAAGGGAGACAAGCCGCACGAGAUGAAGUGGUAA